UUUAUCCAGACAAUCGAAUAAAACGGAGUAGAUAAGAGUAUAAAAUUUCCUUAAAAACCUCCGAACGCAUUGCAUCGAAAAGGAUUAUUGCAAUGCAAAAAUUGGUGAUUGUGUUUUUGGUUAUAGGCCUGACUGCUGCUUCCCCGCAUCAUCACAAAUCGAAAAAAGCCUUAGUGGGUGUCGGUGUCGGCGCUGGUGCUGGACUUGGAUUGGGAGUUGGUUUGGAUCUGGGAUUAGGUUUAGGUGCAGGCGCUGGAGUAGGGGCAGGUGCCGGCCGUGAUUCAAGCAGUAGCGAAGAACAUGGAUGUGACAGAUGCGGCCAUAAGCACCGUCACAGAGAUCAUCAUGGUGGCGGAAAUAGUGGUGAGGGCCACUUUAAUGUCCAAACACCUCCUGGCAGUGUAGGUGGCGGCUAUGGAGGUGGUGGCGGUGGUGGUUUUGGAAGUGGAGGCGGUUUUGGAGGUGGUUUUGGAGGUGGUAGCGGUGGAGGAUAUGGUGGUGGUGCUGGCUUCGGCGGUGGCCAUGGAUAUGAUGGAGGCAAUGGACAUGGGAGCAGUUCAGGAUCUUUCGCCACGUCAAGUGCCCAAGCGUCCUCGUCUAGCGGAAGUUACUCUCAUGGCUAAAAUUAUUUAGUAAUUUAAAUUAUUAUAAUAUAAAUAUCCAUUUGGUCAUAAAAAUAAAUAAACAAUUUUAAUAUUUUUUGUUUUGAUGAUAUGUUGGACAUUUUUAUACCCUACAUCACCACAGUGGUGUUAAAACUUUUGUGCAUUUGUUUGCAACAUUAGCAAAACCUUAAAUUCCAAUCCUACAUCAAUUAUCUUGGUCUUAACAUUGGGUUGUCUCUAGAGUUAGAUUCGGCCCGGCCGAAACAAAACACGUCGUGCAAAAUUUCAUUCCAAUCGGAUAAGAAUUGCGCCCUCUAGAGACUCAAGAAGUCAAGACCCAAGAUCGGUU